GAGUUUAGGGGUCUUAAUGCAAAUUUUAUGUCUAGAUAAAAUCUUGGGUUGCUCUCAACGGUCUCGUUUCUCACUGCAAUAUCAAGUUCUCUCUCUCUCCAUCUCCAUAUACUGCUGCCACUGCAACCACUAAUCGGCUAAUCGAAGUUACGUAGAGAGAUGCCUGCUUUAGCGGCAAACAGGGUGCUUCUUCUUGUUGGUGAUUCUUUUUGCUUGAGAAAAGUUUCCAGCUUUUCGUGGGUCGCUCCAAUUCGUAGCAGUGUGAGGUUUUUUGGUCGUUUUAGUACUGAAACUGUGCCUCUCACUCUCGCUAGUCUUGGUAUAAAGAGUGAAUUCGAAACCGCAAGUGGGAAUGAAAAAAAUAAAUUGAAUCAAGUGGUUUCCACAAUUGAAGUCCCUAGAAGAAGAGAAAAGAAGGUUAAUAUUAGUGGAAUUAAGGGUGUAAAGAAGAAAGAGAGAGUUGAUCUAGAGGCAUUAGCCCCCUUUGCUGCAAAAUCUUUUUCUGAGCUUGGCCUCCCGCCAUUAUUAGUUGAGAGGUUAGAGAGGGAAGGCUAUGAAGUUCCAACAGAUGUUCAAGCUGCAGCCAUUCCCCCAAUUUUUAAGAAUCAUGAUGUUGUUAUUCAGUCCUAUACGGGGUCGGGGAAAACGUUGGCAUAUCUUCUUCCUAUACUUUCUGAAGUGGGACCACUUAAGAAGGAUGUUGAACCUAGAGACAAUAUGGACGUAGAAGCUGUGAUUGUAGCGCCUUCACGGGAGCUUGGAAUGCAGAUUGUGCGGGAAGUUGAGAAGCUUCUUGGACCUGCAGAUAAGAGAUUGGUGCAACAACUUGUUGGAGGUGCGAACAGGUCGAGGCAGGAAGAGGCUUUAAAAAAGAACAAACCAGCCAUUAUCGUUGGAACACCUGGGAGGAUUGCGGAAAUCAGUGCUUCCGGAAAGCUUCAUACACAUAGCUGUCGAUACUUGGUUCUAGAUGAAGUGGAUCAACUCCUUGCAUUUAGUUUUAGGGAGGAUAUGCAUCGAAUAAUACAGCAUGUCGGUAGGAAAUCUGGUGCAGGUCUGGCUGGUGCAAAUGGUGCUAAAACCAUGCAAGCUGAUCGUCAGACUAUCAUGGUGUCUGCAACAGUGCCGUUUUCAGUGAUUAGGGCAGCUAGGAGUUGGGGUUGUGAUCCACUUCUUGUCCAAGGCAAAAGUGUUAUCCCACUAGAAUCCAUUGCUCCCCGUGCACCUGUUAAUCUCUUAGGAACUUCUUCUGAUUCCAAAUUAGGCACAAACUUACAGACUCCAGCUCCAAUGAGCCUACCACCUUCUCUGAAACAUUAUUACUCUGUUACAAGAAUACAGCACAAAGUGGAUAUGUUAAGAAGAUGUGUACACGCUGUUGACGCCAAAUGUGUGAUAGCUUUCAUGAACCACUCCAAACAACUAAAAGAUGCUGUAUUCAAGUUGGAGGCUCGUGGAAUGAAAGCUGCAGAGCUACAUGGAGAUCUGAGUAAGCUUUCUAGGUCAACAGUCUUAAAGAAAUUUAGGAAUGGGGAAGUGAGGGUGUUGUUGACAAAUGAACUUUCUGCUAGAGGAUUGGAUGUACCAGAAUGUGAUCUUGUAGUUAAUCUGGAAUUACCCACUGACUCAAUUCAUUAUGCACAUCGAGCUGGCCGAACCGGUCGUCUUGGCAGGAGAGGUACAGUGGUUACCAUAUGCGAGGAGCCACAAGUUUUUGUCGUUAAGAAGCUACAGAAGCAGCUCGGGGUCUGUAUUGAGGCUUGUGAGUUUACAGAGGGGAAACUUGUUGUGAAUGAAGAAGAGAAGACAUAGAGGCCUUGAGACCUUGUAGCUUGAUAGGAGCACACUAGUCAAAAUAACUAGGAAUAGAGCAAAUGACGUGCAUACAGAGGCAGUAGCUGCCGUCAACGUCCAUUUGUUGGAUUACUGGUACAGCAACAGAAGAAGAUGAAAGGAGGAGGUAAUCUGCCAACUAACAAAGUGGCGAUGGAAUAAUCUUGAUGAUCUUUUACUGUGGACGAAGGGAAGAAAAUGUAAAACAUGAUGUUGCGAAUCUGUGGUGUCUGUCGAUUGGAAGGUGAUAUAAUAAUUUGUUCUUGUGAAUUCCCCCUUUGUUCUUUUCCUUUUUGGCGUUUUCUUAAUGACUUGCAUUUUUAACUUUGCCUGAAUUAUUCGUAGAUAAAAGAAAGCAUGAAGUAAUAAAAUGCGCACAACAAAGAGAGCACAGAAUCAAACUCCAGUGACUCCUGUUUUUGAUUAUUUUUGUCUGUCAUGAACUUGAAAUAUUUUGUCAUUGUAAUCAUGGUGUCAUAUUGUUAAGGUUAAGAAAUUUUACACACCAAAAGCAUACUUACAGGAGAAGGAAGGUAAUGUAUUCAAGAUUUCGAUUUUUCA